ACAAAAAUUAUUAACUUAAAGCUAAGCGAUAAUAGUAUUAUAUAGCAACGUCAAGAAAAGAAAGGUUCAAGAUUUGCUUGGCCUAAGUAUGGAGUCUAAGAGUGUGAGCCAACCUUCUCCCAGCAAUGAAAACAAGCCGAAUUUCAAGUGCCCAGAAGGAUGGACAUGCACCAUCACCAAAACUGAGCCUUCUAAGAUCGGUAAACCAUUCGCAAUAUGUGGUGGCAAUGGUUGCUCAUGUAUCACUGAGAAAAGUGUUAAAGAGACGGUGGAGAGUACAGAAGGAGCUAAAGUAUUUUGCGAGUGUGGUGAAGGUUGGUCUUGUGUUGUAACCAAAACUGAGGGGUCUGAAGCUGGAAAUACAUAUUUCGAGUGUGGUGAAGGUUGCAUAUGUGUCAUAGAUGAAACAAACACUGUCAAGGUUGUAUGUGCUUGAGUUGCACUAUUAUCUUAAUGGUUGCAACAUGAAGGAUCAAAGAUCACAUAAAUGGUGUAAUCCGCUAUUAAGUUUCUUCCAAAUAUUGUGUUUGUGUUCAAGUUUGUAUUUAAGCUAGUAUGUGUUUGUUAUGUAACAAGUAUGUGAAGUUUGUGUUUUUAUGCUAUUUGUACACCUUGUAGUGUAAGUAUAUACUACUAUAUAGUAAUUAAUAUAUCGUGUGUAGUAAAACAGAUAUCAAUGGA